AUGUUAAGCGAGUGCCUGCUCCUGGCCCCUGCGUGGAACGUCAGGAGUUCCUUGCCCCCCCCGGUCGUUCAAUUAAACACAGCUCUGAGCCAGACGCGGCAAGGACGCGGUUACGCGACUCCACGAUCUUUCCCGACGCGAUUCCCAGCACUGCCGGGGCACGGCACUUGCUGCAGUCCCAAAAAGCCUUCCUUUAUCCCAACUAGACCGGGAACACACCGAAUUUCGAUUCUUCUUCCUACAAGACAGACUACCUUCGUUUGA